CGAUAAUAAUUAAUUAAUAACAAUUAAUAAAUAGCCACAACAAGUUCCAAAUCAACAUUUGUGGUCUUAGUUAAUUUCAACAGAGGCGCAAAUUAAACUCAAUUCAAUUCAGUGAACAAAAACGACGCGAGCUAAUUUAAUUAAAGUCAGCAACGACUUUCGAGGCCAGCCACAGUAAAUACAGCAACUACAUCAACAACAACUUGAGCAAACGUCUGGGCAACGGCUUCAGCGUGGGUCACAGCCAGCGAGCAAUUGGAAGCGAAUCGAGACGCCGCAGACAGCGUUUCAGGAUGCGCAUGAAAGUGGGCAAAUUCUGCCUGCAGCGCCAGGCAUCAGGCCAGAGCGAAAAGUUUCCACUGCCCAGCGAAGUAACGGAAGGUGCCUUACAAGUGUGGCGCACACUGCCGGAGCGUAUACGUCAGGAUCCCAGUCUCGCCUCCUUUCAGCAGGAGCACGAGCGUUUACAUGGCGAUGUGGAGCUUUUACCCUCAGAGGAUGUCCGCCAGAAUGAACAGACGGUGCAGCAUGGCAAUGGCCAUGCGGAAGAUCCACGUGCAUUCACACAGAUCGGCAUCAAUGUGACGAACGAGGCGGGACAGGUGCAGCAUGUGCUCGAUGGCAGGGACCUGGAGAACAACAACGAGGAUCAUCACGAUGAGAACGAGGGCUAUUGCAAGAGCAACAUUAAAAAAUAUCUAAUUUGGAUUAAGAUCACGAUACUACUUGUGGUCUGGUGCGUCUUUACGGCCUUUCUCAUGUCCAACAACGAGCAUGUCGACCAACUAAGUCUUAUAAGUGUGCCCAGUAAUGGAUCUACAAGAGUCUUUCCCAUAGCCACGUCCAGUCUAGAGCGCAUUGGCCUGGGCCUGCGUGGACCCUUCCGCUUGCAGGAGAACGAGCUGCUGCUGAAUGAGAGUGUGCCGCUGCCCGUGCUGCGGGUGCAGGUGACGCGCAGCUACUUGGAUGCCCUGGGGCAGGAGAUAUACGCGGAGAAUGCCAGCCAGCCCUGGCAACUGGACAUCGUGUACUUCGAGAUGAUCGAUGCCACCAAGGAUACGAAGAAGGUGCGCACCUUCGAGCUGAAGCCCAGCGACUCCAGCUGGCUGGCUCAGUCGAAUGGCACGCGUCUCAGCUUCGAGUUCAGCAGCAGCAUCGAGGGCGAGUUGCCACUGCAGCUGAAUGUGGACGAGUCGCCCAUCUAUAAGGCGCAUGGUGUGCUCUAUGCGGCGGCGGUGCUCUGUGGUCUCUACGUGAUGAUCAUUUGGGAGGUGGUGAAUCGCACCUUUGCGGCGAUCAUUGCCUCCACCUUGUCGGUGGGCAUUUUGGCAGCGCUAAACUCGCGCCCCUCCAUGGCCACAAUCAUGAGCUGGAUCGAUGUGGAGACGCUGCUGUUGCUCUUCGGCAUGAUGAUACUCGUGGCCAUACUCUCCGAGACGGGCGUCUUUGACUACCUGGCCGUGUAUGCCUAUAAGAUCACCAAUGGACACGUCUGGCCAUUGAUCAAUUGCCUGUGCCUCUUCACGGCUGUGCUCUCGUCCUUUCUGGACAAUGUGACCACGGUGUUGCUCAUGACGCCCGUGACGAUACGUCUCUGCGAGGUCAUGAGCCUCAAUCCGGUGCCCAUUCUAAUGUGCAUGGUCAUCUACUCGAACAUUGGCGGCGCCCUGACACCCGUUGGCGAUCCGCCCAAUGUCAUCAUUGCCUCCAAUAGCUACAUAUCCAAGAACGGCGUCAACUUUGCCGUCUUCACGCUGCACAUGCUGCCCGGCGUGCUGCUGGUCAUGGUCCAGACGUAUUUGCAGCUGCGCUUCAAGUUUCGCAACAUCAGCGAUCUGCAGUUCAAGGACUCACCAGAGGUGGAGGAGCUGCGACAUGAGAUUCAUGUGUGGAAACGUGCGGCGGCCAGUUUGUCGGCCUACUCCAAGGACGAGGAGCUGGUGCGUCAGACACUGAUGAAGAAGGUGAAUCGCUUGAAGCGCAGCCUAAAGAAACGCAUGACAGCUGUCAUUGAGCCAGCGCCCAACUAUCAACAGACUUUGGCGAAUCUGCAAGCAAAGUAUCCCAUUCGCAACAAACAGCUCUUGAUCAAGUGCACCGCCGCCUUGACCUUUGUGAUCAGUCUGUUCUUCUUGCACUCGGUGCCGGAGCUGCAGCGUCUCUCGCUCGGCUGGACAGCUCUAUUGGGUGCUAUAUUUUUGAUCAUACUGGCUGAUAUUGACGAUCUGGAGGCGAUAUUGGCGCGUGUGGAGUGGUCCACACUGUUGUUCUUUGCCGCAUUAUUUAUACUCAUGGAGGCUCUCACAGAGCUGGGCCUGAUCGAAUGGAUAGGCAACAUGACAGAGGGCAUUAUUUUGGGCGUGGGCGAGGAUCAGCGCCUAAUGGUGGCUAUAUUGAUUAUACUAUGGGUAUCUGCUAUUGCCUCCGCCUUUGUGGACAACAUUCCGCUGACCACGAUGAUGGUCAAGAUCACAAUAUCCCUAGCUCAGAACAGCACUCUCAAUUUGCCGCUGCAGCCUCUGGUCUGGGCCCUGGCUUUGGGUGCUUGCUUGGGCGGCAAUGGCACUUUGAUUGGCGCCUCGGCGAAUGUUGUUUGUGCCGGCGUUGCCGAGCAACAUGGCUACAAAUUUACAUUCCUUGAGUUUUUCAAAGUUGGUUUUCCUAUUAUGAUUGGCAGCAUAAUUGUGACAACGGGCUAUCUUCUCGUCUCGCAUUCGCUAUUUGCGUGGCAUUGAUAAUUGGCCCCCCAACCGCACCUCCCACCCAACUAAAUCAACAACAAAUACAAAAUCGACAACGAUUUCAGAACAAGGCGCACUUUACCUCGUUACCUACAGCAAAAUAAAUAAAUAAAUAAAAUGUUAAACAUUUUUUUGACAGAGAAACGAGCGAGAACAAGAACAAAAGAACAAAAUGAAUUUCUAUAGAAAAGCAUACUCUGAGUAUGCUAAAAAGUAAUAAACUAAACAAAACAAAUAAAUUUAUGAGACAAGUAAAAUUAAAAUAAAAAAAU